UCAUUAACAAACACACUCCAAAAUUGUCCAACUCAGCUGCUGAAUGCUGAUCACUCCUCCUCCUUUCAACUGUCACGCUCUCCCUCUUUCUCUCUCCUCCCCUCAAAUUCAUCAGCAGCAAUCGAUCACCCCCAACUCCACCUAUCUUAUAAAUUGAAUUUGCUUAUUCAAACAGAUAAACAUUCUUCCCUGAGAGCGAUCGCUGCUUAAUCAAUUUCAACUUUCGGUUUAGAAAAAGAGGGGGAAAAUGCAGGCGUCAACUUUUAUGGUCAAAGGCAAUUUGGGUUUUGAAGUUCAGAACCGUAGAGUGGCUGGGCUUGCUGGGUUGAAAGGGUUAAGCUCAAUCCGUUCCAAUAAUCUAAGUUUUGUGAAUGUUAAUGACAAUAAUUAUAAGUCUAAUCCCUGUAAAUUGAGUUGUGGGUCCCUUUCGAUGGGUGCUGGAUUUGCAAGAUUGGGUCUUGAUCAUGUCAUGAAGUCCUCACCCAAGUACAGAUCAGUCAAGGCUCAAGCUGCUUCUGGAGGAGAUCUUGAAGAUGCCACUCCUGUCAAAUAUCAAGGCAAAUCUUCUGCAUCAGUGUUGCCGUAUGUUGGUGUUGCUUGUUUGGGAGCUAUUUUGUUUGGAUAUCACCUUGGUGUGGUAAAUGGAGCUCUUGACUACCUAUCUGCGGAUUUAGCUAUUGCUGGCAAUACUGUUUUACAAGGAUGGGUUGUGAGCAUAUUACUUGCUGGAGCGACUGUAGGUUCAUUUACUGGCGGAUCUUUGGCUGAUAAGUUUGGAAGGACAAAGACCUUCCAGUUAGAUGCAAUUCCUCUUGCAAUAGGAGCUUAUCUCUGUGCCACAGCACAAAAUGUACAGAUAAUGAUGAUUGGUCGUUUACUUUGUGGCAUUGGAAUUGGCAUAUCAUCUGCCUUAGCUCCGUUAUACAUUUCUGAGAUUUCGCCAACUGAAAUUCGAGGUGCACUUGGUUCUGUCAACCAGCUUUUUAUAUGCAUUGGUAUUCUUGCGGCUUUGGUUGCUGGAUUGCCUUUAGCAGGAAACCCUUUGUGGUGGAGGACAAUGUUUGGUAUUGCAACAGUUCCCUCUGUUCUCUUGGCUCUUGGGAUGGGCUUCUGUCCAGAAAGCCCUAGGUGGCUUUUUCAGCAAGGAAAAAUUGUUGAAGCAGAAAAGGCCGUAGCAGCCCUCUAUGGAAAAGAAAGGGUUCCGGAGGUGAUUAAUGAUUUGAGAGCAUCUGUUCAAGGUUCUUCUGAACCAGAAGCUGGCUGGUUUGAUCUGUUCAGUAGCCGCUACAGGAAAGUGGUAAGUGUUGGUGCUGCACUUUUCUUGUUCCAGCAAAUGGCAGGAAUCAAUGCUGUUGUAUAUUACUCCACAUCUGUAUUCCGAAGUGCUGGAAUUGCAUCAGAUGUUGCCGCUAGUGCCCUUGUUGGAGCAUCAAAUGUUAUUGGCACUGCUGUCGCCUCUUCUUUAAUGGACAAGCAAGGAAGAAAGAGCCUACUGAUGACAAGUUUCUCAGGAAUGGCUGCCUCAAUGUUGUUGCUGUCACUAUCGUUCACAUGGAAGGCUCUAGCACCUUACUCGGGCACACUUGCCGUUGUGGGAACUGUUUUAUAUGUCCUCUCGUUUUCACUUGGCGCUGGUCCUGUUCCUGCUCUUCUACUUCCGGAGAUCUUCGCAUCCAGAAUCCGAGCAAAAGCAGUGGCUUUGUCACUGGGAAUGCAUUGGGCGUCAAACUUCGUAAUUGGCCUUUAUUUCUUAAGUGUGGUGACCAAGUUUGGAAUCAGCAAAGUGUAUUUGGGGUUCGCGUCAGUGUGUGUGCUUGCCGUGUUGUACAUAGCUGGUAACGUUGUUGAAACAAAAGGACGAUCACUUGAGGAAAUAGAGCUUGCUCUAAGUCCAGCUGUUUAGUUUGGAGGAUACAGUUUUUCUGUUUUUUUGAUCUAGAGAGAAUUAUGUUAAUAAUUCCCGGAUUUAGGAGUUUGAUGCUAGUUUUCAUGCUCGUUGGCACAUUCAUGUCCAGACAGUUGUACUAUCAAUGUCAGAAAUUCAGUUUGCUCA